AUGCCCGACGACGACGAAGCAAUUGCACUGGAAGAGUACACUGUUGGCUGGCUCUGUGCUCUUCCUCUAGAGAUGGCUGCUGCCAAGGGCAUGCUGGACCGAGUCCACCCAGACCUCUGUGAGCAGGAUCCCUAUGACCAUAAUAGCUAUACCCUGGGCGAGAUUCAGGGCCACUACGUCGUCAUUGCCUGCCUACCUGCUAAGAAUUAUGGAUCGUGCUCUGUUGCUACCGUCGCGAAGGACUUGCAACGAACCUUCAAAUCAAUUCGCUUUGGAUUGCUGGUCGGAAUAGGCAGUGGCGCGCCCUCACCACAACACGAUAUUCGACUAGGCGACGUAGUGAUUAGCCAGCCUUCCGGAACACUUGGAGGAGUGGUGCAGCAUGACAGAGGCAAGAUCUUGCCGCAAGGAGGAUUCCAACGUACAGGCUAUUUCAACGCCCCUCCUCAGCUCCUCCUGACGGCUUUAGCUCGUCUUCAAGCUACCCACAUGUGUGAAGACAGUCGAGUCCCCGAGUUUCUCGCGCAGCUGGUCGUAAAGGUUCCGCAGCGGCUGAGGGAUAAAUUCAGUUAUCAAGGCGCCUCAAAUGACCGACUUUAUCAGGCAGACUAUCAUCACGUCAAGUCUGGAGAUCCAACAUGCAACGGAUGCGACAAAUCGCACAUUAUUCAUCGACCAGAGCGAGACGACACCGAUCCAUAUUUCCAUUACGGUAUCAUAGCUUCCGCAAGUGCGGCGGUCAAGGACGGCCAAACGCGUCAGCGACUGAGUCAAGAACAUGGCGCAAUGUGCUUCGACACGGAAGCGGCAGGUUUGUACGACUUUCCGUGCCUUAUCAUCCGCGGCAUUCACGAUUAUGCGAAUUCACAUACAACGGACCUUUGGCAGGAAUAUGCCGCUGCCACGGCGGCGGCAUUUGCAAAGGAGCUACUGCUGUUUGUAACACCUGUCCGGAUCCGGCGAGCGGAGAAGGCCUUCCACGACGUUGCGUCUACUGCUUACAAUGGAUUCAAAAUUCCAGUGCAGAGUGUCCCCCAGCAGAAUUAUAUCAAACACAUGAUGAACAACCAACCUAUGAGCCUUUACAUGGUCGGCAGCGCGCGCUACAACUGUGAAGACAACCAAGAGAGCACUAGAUACGAGGAUGGCACCCGACCCCUUAGCCUAGAGGCCAUAGAAAAAUAG